AUGAAACAGAGAAUUAGCUCUCUAGAUCUACAGCUCCUAUAUGCGGAGUUGAAGGCACAAUUGGAAGGCUACAGGCUCUCUAAUAUUUACAACAUUGCAGACUCUAGCCGUCAGUUCUUGUUAAAGUUCAACAAACCAGACUCAAAGCUCAAUGCUAUCAUCGACUGCGGACUCAGAAUUCAUUUGACUGAUUUCAAUAGGCCCAUUCCUCCCACGCCAUCCGGCUUCGUCGUUAAGUUGCGGAAACAUUUGAAAUCUAAGCGCUUGACCACAGUAAAAAGAGUCGCAAACGACCGAAUUCUCGUCCUUUCAUUCGCCGAUGGCCAGUUCUAUUUGGUGUUAGAAUUUUUCAGCGCUGGUAACGUUAUUCUUCUCGAUUCCGAACGCAAGAUUAUAGUGCUUCAGAGAGUCGUGCACGAACACGAAAAUAAAGUCGGCCAAACAUACGACAUGUUUGAUGAAACUUUCCUGCAAGACACGACGAUCGAAUUGCCACAGCCCAAUACCCACAGCUCAGAUCAGGUGGCGACUUGGUUGAAGGACGCUAAAGACCUUGCUCAAUCGACAGUGAAAUCUAAAAACGGCAAGACACCGAAGGUUCCCUCCAUCCAGAAACUUCUUUUUCUCCAUGAGCCUCACUUGUCUUCUGAUUUGAUUUCAAGAAAUCUAAAAGCUCAAGGCAUAACUCCAAAUUCCUCGUGCUUGGACUUUGAAGACAAGGUCGACUCGAUCACUGAUCUUUUGAAUGCUACUGAAAGUGAGGUAAGUGACUUGCUCAUGGCUGGAUGUAAGACAGGCUAUAUAGUUGCCAAAAAAAAUCCGAAUCAUGAUGCCGAAAAAGGAGACGCCAGUCUCGAAUUCGUUUAUGAGCAAUUCCAUCCUUUCCCACCAUAUACAAACCAAGAAAUUGACAAAGAGACUAAGGUCAUGGAGGUGACUGGGGAAUACAAUAAAACGGUGGACGAGUUCUUUUCUACCAUUGAAUCCACGAAGUAUGCUUUGCGUAUACAAAACCAAGAGUUUCAAGCCAAGAAGAGGUUAGAUGAUGCGAAGUUAGACAACGCAAAAAGAAUACAAGCUCUUGUUGAUGUCCAAGAAAAAAACGAAGCUAGGGGGCAUGCCAUCAUUGCCCACGCAGAUCUUGUCGAAGAGGCUCAAAAUGCAGUGAAGACUUUGGUCAACCAGCAAAUGGACUGGAAAACGAUUGAAAUGCUUAUUUCCAAUGAGCAAAAGAAAAACAACGAAAUAGCUCAAUUGAUCAGGUUGCCUUUGGAUCUUGAGAACAACAAAAUUACAUUAACCUUGGUCAUCGAUGAUAGUGAAGCCAGCAGAACCUCCGAGUCAGAUUACGAGAAUGAGACAUCUUCGGAUUCCGAGUUUUCUAGCAAUGAUAGCAGCGACGGGAGUGACACUUCGUUAUCUGACUUCGAAGCAGACGAGGAAAACCGUAACUCAUCUAAGAAUGUAAAGGGACACCGCAAGUCUUCAAGCACAAAAGGACGUACAUCAACCAUCGAUGCGACCGUUGACCUUACACUUUCAGCUUACGCCAAUGCUUCGAACUACUUCAAUAUCAAAAAGUCAGCACUAGAAAAACAGAAAAAGGGAGAACAGAAUUCUAGCAAGGCUUUGAAGAACAUUGAGCAAAGAAUCGAAAGAGAUCUUAAAAAAAAACUGAAGACUACUCAUGACGUACUAAAUAGAACCAGAACGCCCUAUUUUUUUGAAAAGUACAACUGGUUCAUUUCCAGCGAAGGAUUUCUAGUGCUGAUGGGAAAGAGUGGGCAAGAAACUGAUCAGAUUUUUAGCAAAUAUGCUAAUGAUAGCGACAUUUUUGUCUCAAAUAGUUUUGAUACCCACGUAUGGAUUAAAAAUCCAGACGAAACUGAGGUUCCCCCAAACACGUUGAUGCAGGCAGGUAUCAUGUGCAUGUCAGCAUCUCCCGCUUGGUCUAAAAAGAUACAAUCCUCUGCGUGGUGGUGCUUUGUGAAGAAUCUGAGUAAAUUCGACAGCUACGGAGGUGAAGUUUUGCCUCCCGGUACGUUCCUAUUGAAAGAUGAAAAGAAAAAAUCAUAUCUACCUCCAUCUCAAUUGGUGAUGGGAUUUGGCUUUUUGUGGAAGGUCAAAGGAACUGAAGAUGAAGAUGAAGAUGAAAUGGAGUUAGAGAAGCUAGAAGAAGACUUGCUUCAAAGAGGUGUCGAGAACCUUAAAGAUAUAGAUUUGGAAGAGGAGGACGCAGAGAUUGAAUAUGAUCAAGUUCAAGAUGCUCGUGUUGAAGAAGAUCAACGUGGAGAUGCUCGUGUUGACAAUGAUCGAGUAAGAGACACCCUUUUCGAGGAUGAUCAAGUCGAAAACAGUGACUUGGAAGCCACCCUCGAUAAUUUGCAGAAGUUGGAUGUGGAGCCUGUUCGCGGCAGCGGCGCGCACGUUAAAGAAUCUGUUACACAGGAAGAUAUCGCAGGAUCCCAAGGCCAAGCUAAAAACGUGCGCGGCAAGAAGGGCAAAUUAAAAAAGAUGCAAAGAAAGUAUGCAGAUCAAGAUGAAGAAGAACGCCAAAUGAGACUAGAAGUUCUAGGUACCUUGAAAGGCGUUGAAAGAGAAAGAAGCAAGAUGGAAGAGGAACUCCUCAAACAGCAAGAUAGAGAGCAGAAAAAGGCUAGGCGGGAGAAACAGAAGCAGCAACAGUCGCUAAAAUUCAGUUCGAAGGAGAAGGUCGUCGUUGAUUACCAUAAAAUCAUGGAUGAAUUGAGCCCUAUGGUAACUGAUAAGGUAGUGAAAGAAGUCAUCCCGAUAUUUGCCCCAUGGGCUGCCCUCAACAAGUACAAAUACAAGGUCAAAGUGCAACCAGGAAACGCUAAGAAGACCAAGACUUUAAAUGAAAUUUUGCAUUAUUUUUCAAGCCGGAAAGUUGACGAGUCGAGCGCAGACAAGGAACUAGAUUGGCCCCGCGAGCAUGAGCUCAUCAAGGGCUUAAAAGAUAUAGAGCUAGUAUCGCUCCUCUACACUGAUAAGUUGAAGGUUACCAUACCAGGGCAAAACGAAUCAAAAGGCAAGUCAAAGGGAAGCGCAAACAAUAAGAGCAAAAAGAAAGGCAAAAAAUGA